ACCACCAUCUUAAUUUGGAGGACUAGCGUAGAGGGUGAGAAAAAAGAAAGAACCAAGUGGGGUGUUUCAUUGGUUGUUGUGUUUCCCACCAAGUUCACCUUUUUCUGGGACCUUGAAAUCCUUCUGCCCCUCUACUCAAGUGUCAUCGUUUGUGGCCCCCUCCUACUCCCUCCACUUGUUGCUUCUCUCUCGUCCUCUAUUUGCAAUUUUCAGCACUUCCCACGCUCCUUCCUUCUAUUUUUGUGCUCCGCUCAGAAAGAUCCUUCUUUCUCAAUCUGGGGUGCUCAGUGAUUCUCGUUUUUACCUCUUCCUGCUUCCUAAAGUAGAUGACGAUGAUGAUGAUGUGUGGAGUGGUGUACUAGAACAGAACAGAACAUCCGAAGUUGGUGUAGUUGAGGCUGGCACAUGGUUUGUUUCUGUUGGUGUAUUUCUGUGUUGUCUCACAACAGAGUCUAUCUGUUGUUGUCUGGGGUAAAGGAAACUGCUCCAUUUCAAUCCAAGUCAUCUGGAUCGCCUUGAUUGGGCAAAGUUUGAAAAGGGUGUUAUUGUUUUUAUUGAAACUUGAUUGUUUUGGUAUUUAUUUGGGUUUUAAGAGCCUUUUUGCCAAACAAAAAAAGAAGCUUUUUUUUUUUUAUAUUUUUUUAGCUACCCUUCUUCUUCUAUGAGAAAGUGAUUUGGAUUUGGAUUUCAUGCUUGGUCCAAUAUCAUUAUGGAGGUGUUUCCACUUCUCUAGCAUUCAAUACUGUUACUCAGUGGAAAGACAUGAAGAACCUUCUUAAGAAGCUUCAUAUCAUGUCUAACCGAUCAGAGAAUGAACAAGGGUCUUGUUCGUCAAAGGGAAACAAGUCCAAUCUUGGUUCAUCUUCAUCUUCCAACAAGAAGGUUUUGGGCUCAAAGUCCCCUCAAAGUUCUGGGCUCUCCAGUUGGUUGCAUUCAGUUGCUAAUAGGCAGAGUGCUGGUCCUCCUCCAUCUCUGACCCAGGCAAGGGGCGAGAGAAUGGAGCCAUCUGAUGCAGUGAGCAGUGGUGGUUUUGAUGCUGUGUCAGAUUCAGCUAGGCUUGAUUCAGGGUCUAGUGCUUCCAGGGAUCCUGAAGUGGAGGAAGAGUAUCAGAUACAACUGGCUUUGGAGCUGAGUGCAAAGGAGGAUCCUGAGGCCGCGCAAAUUGAAGCUGUUAAGCAGAUCAGUUUGGGAUCUUGUGACCCUGGUUACACACCAGCUGAAGUUGUGGCCUACCGGUAUUGGAAUUACAAUGCUCUUGGUUAUGAUGACAAGACCUUAGAUGGUUUCUAUGAUCUGUAUGGGAGCUUAACUGAGUCAACCCCUGCAAGAAUGCCUUCCCUUGUAGAUCUGCAACUGCAAGGAACACCAAUCUCAGGUAGUGGUACAUGGGAAGCUGUCUUGGUCAAUAGGGCUGCUGAUUCUAAUUUGUUGAAACUUGUGCAAAAGGCCCAGGAGUUGACUGACAAAUCAAGUCCAGAUUUUGAAGUAGUUAUAGAUAGCAAUUUGGUGCGCAAGCUUGCAAUAUUUGUGGCUGACUAUAUGGGUGGACCCGUUGGAGAUCCUGAAAGCAUGACAAGAGCAUGGAGGAGUCUUAGUUACAGUCUGAAAGCAACCCUUGGUAGCAUGGUUUUGCCACUUGGAUCUCUAACUAUUGGAUUGGCUCGGCAUCGUGCAUUGUUAUUUAAGGUUCUAGCUGAUAGUUUGGGCAUCCCAUGUCGGUUGGUGAAGGGGCUGCAAUAUACAGGCUCUGAUGAUGUGGCGAUAAACUUUGUCAAGAUUGAUGAUGGAAGGGAGUAUAUUGUUGACCUAAUGGCAGAUCCUGGAACACUUAUUCCUUCUGAUGCAACUGGAUCACAUAUAGACUAUGAUGAAUCUUCGUAUGUGGCCAGUCCUUCAUCAAGAGACCUUGAUUCCUCGCAUGUAGCAUCAUCCAGCAGUGGUGUUGGAAGUUCAUAUGAAGAAACUUCAGAUUUGGGGAUGUUGGACAAAGGAAACAGAUCAAAACAUUUUUGCCAUACAGGGAAAGAAUAUGAUGUAAGCAGGCCCUCCACAGGAAAUGAAGGAUCAAUGAGACCCUUAAAUGAAUUUAAAAGUCCUUACAAUGUUGAGAAGAUCACGGGGCAGGAAGCUCCUGGCAGACCUAAUCAUCCACAUGUACAUGCAAGAUCUCCUUGGACUGAAGGGAUAAGUUCUCCUGCAGUACGUAGAAUGAAAGUCAAAGAUGUUUCUCUAUACAUGAUUGAUGCUGCCAAGGAGAACCCUCACUUAGCCCAGAAACUUCAUGAUGUUUUACUUGAAAGUGGUGUAGUUGCUCCUCCAAAUCUAUUUUCUGAAAUUUAUGAUGAGGAAUUAGGUUCCUCAACUGAGGCCAACUUACUAACUGAAGAAAAAGAUGAACAUAAACAGGGAAGUGGACUGCAAGAAGCUGAGAUUUAUGGAAAUCUUAGUCCUGCUCAAAUUUUGCCUCCUAGAGCUCUUCCCAAAGCAAGUUCUAGCAGUCAGCUGGAGCAUUCAAAACCUGUAGAAGGUUUAGGAAUCAACCUUCCUCUUCAUACGAGGGAAGCAACUGGACAGCAUAUACCAACUCAGGUAAAAUAUGGGCAAAAUGUCCCAGUUGCUGCCGCUGCCGCAGCUGCUGCUGCUGUUGUUGCAUCUUCUAUGGUAGUUGCAGUGGCAAAAUCUAGCAUUGACUCAAACAUAGAGCUUCCAGUAGCAGCAGCUGCUACUGCUACUGCUGCAGCUGUAGUAACUGCUGCUGUCAGUAGACAGUACGAACAGGGCAGUCGAAGUGAUGGAGAUACAGACAGUGCUGGUUAUGACCUGAAGGGUAGUGGUGAUGGGGAGCAUAUAGCUUUAGGAGCAAAUUCAGAAGGUGACAGAAGAUCUGAUAGGUCAGUAGUAAGUAAUGAUAGCACAAAAUCUGAUUCUGCAUUAGAUGAUCAUGAAGUCGCUGAGGUUGACAUUCCAUGGGAGGAAAUCACGCUCGGUGAGCGUAUUGGACUUGGGUCGUAUGGGGAGGUGUACCAUGGUGAAUGGCAUGGAACUGAAAUUGCUGUAAAGAGGUUUCUAGAUCAAGAUAUAUCUGGUGAAUCACUUGAAGAAUUUAAAACUGAGGUCAGAAUAAUGAAAAGAUUGAGGCAUCCAAAUGUUGUUCUCUUCAUGGGAGCUGUAACUCGACCUCCAAAUCUUUCAAUUGUUACUGAAUUUCUUCCCAGAGGAAGUUUGUAUAGAUUACUUCACAGACCAAACAGUCAAUUAGAUGAGCGAAGGCGUUUGAAGAUGGCCCUUGAUACUGCUCGAGGAAUGAACUAUUUGCACAACUGCACUCCUGUGGUAGUGCAUCGUGAUUUGAAGUCCCCAAAUCUUCUCGUUGACAAAAAUUGGGUUGUGAAGGUAUGUGAUUUUGGCUUAUCGCGUAUGAAGCAUAGCACAUUCCUUUCUUCCAGAUCCACUGCAGGAACAGCCGAGUGGAUGGCUCCUGAGGUGCUGAGAAAUGAACCUUCAAAUGAGAAGUGUGAUGUUUAUAGCUUUGGGGUCAUAUUAUGGGAGCUCUCUACUUUGCAGCAACCGUGGGGAGGGAUGAAUCCGAUGCAAGUUGUUGGUGCUGUGGGCUUCCAGCAUCGACGUCUUGACAUUCCAGAUGAUAUGGACCCGGCAAUUGCAGAUAUUAUCAGGAAAUGCUGGCAAACAGAUCCAAAGUUGAGACCUACAUUUGCUGAAAUAUUGGCAGCUCUGAAGCCGUUGCAGAAGUCAGUUAUUGGUUCUCAAGUGCCUCGACCAAGUGCAUCGGGGAAGCAUGAGAAGGUUCAGUCAUUGCGUGUUGCAGAAGACUCAGCAAGAUAGGAAACAAUUAUACAACUAACCAAAUCUUUGUUCGUUUUGCUGCUGAAAGGUGGAGAACAAGUUGCCAAGUUGUAUAGUAUUUUUGGAAUGAAAAAAAAAAGUGAGUGGUUGAAACCAUCACCUAACUUACAUUAUUGUCCAAGUUGUGAUUCUUUCCACUCUUUGUUCCUUUCCUUUUACUUUCUUUGUUUUCUCUUUUGUUGUUGGUUUUCCUUUUGCAAUCUGCAGUGCACUCAUUGUCAGGUUGUACCAUUUGUUUGUACACAAUUCUUUUGUAAUUGUUGUAAUAUCAAUUCUAAAUUUUGAUGUCCAUAAAUAGUUAUGAAAUUUUGCAGCUGUAACUUAACAGUUGAAGAAAGAUGGACCAAGUGAAAAAUCUUUGUUCCUGUAAAUAGUGACCAUGUAAGUUGUGCAAAACUGCAUAUGCCUUAAAUUUUAUGUGCCUAGUUGGACUGUUCCAA